UCCGUUCUGACCACUUUUACGCUGUGGACCACAAGACAGUUCAUAAACGUUUCAAACUGUUACAGGAAGCAUGUCAGUUGUUCUUCUCUCCGUACUAGCCCUAGUGGCAUGCACCCAGGCACAGGUACCCUCGUUUGGGGCAUGUCCGGACUUGCCAGUAAAGACCAACUUCAAUGCGAAAAAGUACACUGGUAUAUGGUAUGAGUACGAACGAUACUUCGCCAUCUUCGAGUUGUUUGGCACGUGUACCUACGCCAACUACACCCUCAAGCCUAAUGGCAGGAUAGAUGUUGUCAACACUGGAGUCAACAGAUUUACUGGCAACGCGAACCGAGUUCAUGGAGAGGCGUACGCUCCAGAUGCUUCAGAACCCGCUAAGCUUCUCGUCAGCUUCGAUCAAAGUCCAGCUAAACCAGGCCCAUACUGGGUCCUUGACACUGACUACAGGAACUACUCCAUUGUCUACUCCUGCGUAGAUUUGGUUGAUACUUCUUGGAUCAAGGCUAAAGCGGAGAUCGUCUGGAUCUUGGCCCGCAGCAGGGCUGGACCAAGCGCAUCACUAGUGCAGAAGGCGGAAGGAAAACUAAAGAACCUUGGCGUCAGCACAAUCCCGCUUUUGAAGACUCGCCAAACCAACUGCUCCAACUAGGAUUUGACGGAAAGGAAUGACAAACUAAACGAUUCGGACUACAAACAGUUGAUUUUUUUCAUUAUCAAUAUUUCCAACCAAAUUGUAUAAUAAAAUGGCUUCUAUGUACCUAUGAACCUUAUAUGUAAUAGUGAAUUUAUUUUAUGCUCAGCAAUACAGAGUUAAACCUUAGAGUAACCAGGCUGGUUACUCUAAGGUUCAAUCA